UAUGCUUCCUUCAAAAGAGGAGAAGAGCAAGACUCCUCCAAUGUUUCUGUGCAUUAAAGUAGGCAAGCCCAUGAGAAAGUCCUUUGCGUCUCAGAGCACCACCAUGUCUCAACAGUACAGUAAAAAGAUAAAGCAACCAGAGUACUGGUUUGCUGUUCCUCGGGAAAGGGUGGAUCACUUGUAUACAUUUUUUGUUCAGUGGUCACCAGAGAUAUACGGGAAGGAUGCCAAGGAGCAAGGUUUUGUUGUGGUAGAAAAGGAGGAGCUUGACAUGAUAGACAACUUCUUCAGUGAGCCUACAACUAAAAGCUGGGAGAUCAUUACUGUAGAAGAAGCGAAACGACGAAAGAGCGUUUGCAGUUACUAUGAAGAAGAAGAUGAUGAUACUUUGCCUGUCUUAAAGCAUCACAGCGCUCUCCUUGAGAAUAUGCACAUAGAGCAGCUCGCCCGGCGCUUGCCCGCACGAGUGCAGGGAUAUCCGUGGCGGCUUGCAUACAGUACACUGGAGCAUGGGACUAGCCUGAAGACUCUGUACCGUAAAUCGGCAUCUCUCGACAGUCCAGUUCUCCUUGUCAUCAAGGAUAUGGACAACCAGAUAUUUGGAGCAUAUGCUACACAUCCUUUCAGGUUUAGUGACCAUUACUAUGGCACUGGUGAAACAUUCCUCUACACAUUCAGUCCAAAUUUCAAGGUAUUCAAAUGGAGUGGAGAGAACACCUAUUUCAUCAAUGGAGACACCAGCUCUCUGGAGCUUGGAGGUGGAGGUGGUCGGUUUGGCUUAUGGUUAGAUGCAGAUUUGUAUCACGGGCGAAGCAACUCCUGCAGCACCUUUAAUAAUGACAUCUUAUCUAAGAAAGAAGAUUUCAUAAUACAAGAUGUAGAAGUAUGGACAUUUGAAUGAAAUACUGACUGCCUUAAGGACUGGAUCCAUUAGGCACUUAAAAGCUAACUAGAAGGUGCAGGCUGCCUCACAACGUUACACGCUUUUUCCUCAAGUUUGUACCAGAGCAUGACUACGCAAAAAAAAAUGCAACCAACCCAAGAAAAAACAGAGCUGGUUUUGAGAGGUAGGAAGAGACAGAACAGUAAGAGAUCAGUCUGAAGUGUUUUUUACUUCCUCCUCCAUCAAUGAUAUGAUGCUUAUGAAAACAUUCAUGGUGUAUAAGUUGAAAACUUUUUCUGUAACUGUGAAAAAGAUCCUGUGGGAAAACUAUAACUAUCUAGUACAUUCCGUGUGUAUUUAUGUUCGACAUACAAAUGCUAACCAAAAAUAAAAGGUUACUUUACCAAAA